AUGCGAAUUUACACAUAUGUGCAGGUCUCGAUCUUCAUGCAAAUGCCCGUUUGGAUGGACCGCAGAGAAGGCUGCGGACCGAUUCGACAUUCUACGUGGUGGAAGGGAACAGAUGGUGAAAGAAGUUCGCGUUUGACAGGAAACCUGUCCCAGAUGAUGCCGUCAGAAGCUUCUAGGAGAGAGGCUGGAAUGCGCCGGUGUCGAGAGGUGCCGCCUCCAGAAAAAACCGCCAGAAACCCAGUUCCGACGACUCAGAACACUCGGUGUAUGUACACUUCACAGCAGGGACCUCUUCCUGGACUCGACUCGGCAGGGGAUUCUAAGGUUUUCCGUCACACAUACAAAUGGAGCCGGCACCUUUCUCCUCCUAUUCUCUUUUGA